UCGCUCCUACGCAAAUAAGAAGUCGGCGAUUCCCUUCCAGCCGCUUUGAUUUCGGGCACCUCCGACAGAUAAUUGGGAAGGGUUUCCAGAAGGUGGGAAAUGUCACCUGAUUCACACUGAACUUUUAAAAGCUCCCCACCCCCAAGGAGCCGCGCACACCCUUGCUCGCGGCUGCCCUCCCACAGCCCCACACACUUGGAGACCGCCCACCGCAAACCGCGGAGACCCCAGUCUAGAUUUAAGGCGCGGCUGCGCCCGGCUUCUGACGUCCAUUGAAUCGCGCGGGCGGCCGGCGGCGAGCGCGGGGCUGCACCGGGAUCGCUGCGCCCUCCGCCGCUCGCCUCUGCGACGCGCGCCGCUCGCUCUAACCAACGCCGCGCUCUCUGCCCCGCGCCUGCCCCCAGGAUGGUCCGCGCCAGGCACCAGCCCGGCGGGCUUUGCCUCCUCCUGCUGCUGCUCUGCCAGUUCAUGGAGGACCGCAGCGCCCAGGCUGGGAAUUGCUGGCUCCGCCAAGCGAAGAACGGCCGCUGCCAGGUCCUGUACAAGACAGAGCUGAGCAAGGAAGAGUGCUGCAGCACCGGACGCUUGAGCACCUCCUGGACCGAAGAAGACGUGAAUGACAACACACUCUUUAAAUGGAUGAUUUUCAACGGGGGCGCCCCCAACUGCAUCCCUUGUAAAGAAACGUGUGAGAACGUGGACUGUGGACCAGGGAAAAAAUGCCGAAUGAACAAGAAGAACAAACCUCGCUGUGUCUGCGCUCCAGAUUGUUCAAACAUCACCUGGAAGGGUCCAGUCUGUGGGCUGGAUGGGAAAACCUACCGCAACGAAUGUGCACUCCUCAAAGCCAGAUGUAAAGAGCAGCCAGAGCUGGAAGUGCAGUACCAGGGCAAAUGUAAAAAGACCUGUCGGGAUGUUUUCUGUCCAGGCAGCUCCACAUGUGUGGUGGACCAGACCAAUAAUGCCUACUGUGUGACAUGUAAUCGGAUUUGCCCAGAGCCCACCUCCUCUGAGCAGUAUCUCUGUGGGAAUGAUGGAGUGACAUAUUCCAGUGCCUGCCACCUGAGAAAGGCCACCUGCCUGCUGGGCAGAUCGAUUGGAUUAGCCUAUGAGGGAAAGUGUAUCAAAGCAAAGUCCUGUGAAGAUAUCCAGUGCAGUGGUGGAAAAAAGUGUUUAUGGGAUUUCAAGGUUGGCAGAGGCCGGUGUUCGCUCUGUGAUGAGCAGUGCCCUGACAGUAAGUCGGAUGAGCCUGUCUGUGCCAGUGACAAUGCCACUUACGCCAGCGAAUGUGCCAUGAAGGAAGCUGCCUGCUCUUUAGGUGUGCUGUUGGAAGUAAAGCACUCCGGAUCUUGCAAUUGAAUCUGCCUGUAAAACCUGAGCCAUUGAUUCUUCAGAACUUUCUGCAGUUUUUUGACUUCAUAGAUUAUGGGUUUUUAAAAAUUUAAACUUAUUACAUAACAGCAGAUGCCAAAACAAAUAAAAGCAUCUCACUGCAAGUUACAUAAAAAUGCAACGCUGUAAUAUGGCUGUAUGAGAGGGCUUUGAAAACAUGCACUCAGCUGCUUCUGCGCUGUUGUUGUCCAUAUUUAAACAACAGCUCCCCUGUAUUCCCCCAUCUAGCCAUUUCGGAAGACACCGAGGAAGAAGAAGAAGAUGAAGACCAGGACUACAGCUUUCCUAUAUCUUCUAUUCUAGAGUGGUAAACCCUCCACCAGUGUUCAUGUUCACACAGGCUUUGAGUAAAACAAAAAAAAAAAAAAAGAAAGAAAGAAAAAGAAAAAAUAUAUUGUCCAUACU